CCGCCUCCCCCACCGGCCUGCGCGCCUCCUCCGGCCUCCUCGCCCGCUCCCGCCCCGCUCCAUUGGCCGCCGGCCGGCGCCCACCGACCCUCGCCCGAGCCCGCGCUCGGGCGCUCGUCGGGAGCAGGUGAAAAUGGCCGAGAACUUGCUGGACGGACCGCCCAACCCCAAACGAGCCAAACUCAGCUCGCCGGGAUUCUCUGCGAAUGACAGCACAGAUUUUGGAUCAUUGUUUGACUUGGAAAAUGAUCUUCCCGAUGAGCUGAUCCCCAAUGGAGGAGAAUUAGGCCUUUUAAACAGUGGGAACCUUGUUCAAGAUGCUGCUUCCAAACAUAAACAGCUGUCGGAGCUUCUGCGAGGAGGCAGCAGCUCUAGCAUCAACCCAGGAAUAGGGAAUGUGGGCGCCAGCAGCCCCGUGCAGCAGGGCCUCGGGGGCCAGGCCCAGGGGCAGCCCAACAGUGCCAGCAUGGCCAGCCUGGGUGCCAUGGGCAAGAGCCCUCUGAACCAGGGAGACUCUUCCGCCCCCAGCCUACCCAAACAGGCCGCCAGCACCUCCGGGCCCACCCCCCCUGCCUCCCAAGCACUGAACCCACAAGCACAAAAACAAGUGGGACUGGUGACCAGCAGUCCUGCCACAUCGCAGACUGGACCUGGGAUCUGCAUGAAUGCGAACUUCAACCAGACCCACCAAGGCCUCCUCAAUAGUAACUCUGGCCACGGUCUCAUGAAUCAGGCCCAGCAAGGGCAGGCGCAAGUCAUGAACGGAUCUCUCGGGACUGCGGGCAGAGGAAGGGGAGCCGGAAUGCCGUACCCCGCCCCGGCCAUGCAGGGGGCCUCGGGCAGCGUGCUGGCUGAGACACUAACUCAGGUGUCACCCCAAAUGGCCAGUCAUGCAGGACUGAGCACGGCACAGGCUGGAGGCAUGAGUAAGAUGGGAAUGACUGGUAGCACGAGUCCCUUUGGACAACCGUUUAGUCAAACUGGAGGGCAGCAAAUGGGCACCACUGGAGUGAACCCCCAGCUGCCCAGCAAGCAGAGCAUGGUCAACAGCUUGCCUCCCUUCCCUACAGACAUCAAGAAUGCUUCCGUCACCAACGUGCCAAACAUGUCUCAGAUGCAGACGUCAGUGGGGAUCGUCCCAACACAAGCUAUGGCGACGGGCCCCACUGCCGACCCGGAGAAGCGCAAACUGAUACAGCAGCAGCUGGUCCUCCUGCUCCACGCCCACAAAUGUCAGCGGCGAGAGCAGGCCAACGGCGAGGUCCGGCCCUGCUCGCUGCCCCACUGUCGGACCAUGAAGAACGUUCUGAAUCACAUGACGCAUUGCCAGGCCGGGAAAGCCUGUCAAGUUGCCCAUUGUGCAUCUUCACGACAAAUCAUCUCUCAUUGGAAGAACUGCACACGACAUGACUGUCCUGUUUGCCUCCCUUUGAAAAAUGCCAGUGACAAGCGAAACCAACAACCCAUCCUGGGGUCUCCAGCUAGUGGAAUUCAAAAUACAAUUGGUUCUGUUGGCGCAGGCCAGCAGAAUGCCACUUCUUUGAGUAACCCAAACCCCAUAGACCCCAGCUCCAUGCAACGAGCAUACGCUGCACUUGGACUGCCCUACAUGAACCAGCCCCAGACGCAGCUGCAGCCUCAGGUUCCCGGCCAGCAACCAGCACAGCCUCAAACUCACCAGCAGAUGAGGACGAUCAACCCCCUGGGAGCUAACCCCAUGAACAUUCCAGCAGGAGGAAUAACAACAGAUCAGCAGCCACCAAACUUGAUUUCAGAGUCAGCUCUUCCAACUUCCCUCGGGGCCACAAACCCGCUGAUGAAUGACGGCUCCAACUCUGGAAACAUUGGAACCCUCAGCACCAUACCCACAGCAGCACCGCCUUCCAGCACUGGCGUUCGGAAAGGCUGGCACGAACACGUCACUCAGGACCUGCGUAGCCACUUGGUGCAUAAACUUGUCCAAGCCAUCUUUCCAACCCCUGAUCCGGCAGCACUGAAGGAUCGCCGCAUGGAGAACCUGGUAGCCUACGCUAAGAAAGUGGAGGGGGACAUGUAUGAGUCUGCGAACAGCCGGGAUGAAUACUACCAUUUAUUGGCAGAGAAAAUCUACAAGAUACAAAAAGAACUAGAAGAAAAGCGGAGAUCACGUUUACAUAAGCAAGGCAUCUUGGGUAACCAGCCACCCCUACCAGCCCCAGGGACUCAGACCCCCGGGAUUCCGCCAGGACAGCCCGUGCGACCUCCAAAUGGACCCAUGCCCCUGCCAGUGAACCGCAUGCAGGUUUCGCAAGGGAUGAAUUCGUUUAACCCAAUGUCCUUGGGAAAUGUGCAGUUGCCACAAGCCGCCAUGGGACCACGGGCAGCCUCCCCCAUGAACCACUCUGUCCAGAUGAACAGCAUGGGCUCGGUUCCAGGGAUGGCCAUCUCGCCUUCCCGAAUGCCCCAGCCCCCGAGCAUGAUGGGCGCGCAUGCCAACAACAUGAUGGCCCAGGCCCCCGCGCAGAGCCAGUUCCUGCCACAGAACCAGUUCCCGUCGUCCAGCGGGGCGAUGAGUGUGAACAGCGUGGGCCUGGGGCAGCCGGCCGCCCAGACGGGAGUGUCCCAGGGACAGGUGCCUGGGGCUGCUCUUCCCAACCCUCUGAACAUGCUGGGCCCGCAGGCCGGCCAGCUGCCUUGUCCACCAGUAACACAGUCAGCUUUGCACCAGACGCCCCCUCCUUCCUCCACGGCCGCUGGCAUGCCGUCUCUGCAGCAUCCGACACCGCCUGGGAUGACCCCUCCCCAGCCGGCGGCCCCCACGCAGCCAUCAACUCCUGUGUCGUCUUCAGGGCAGACCCCCACCCCCACCGCUGGCUCAGUGCCCAGUGCCACCCAGACCCAGAGCACCCCGACAGUCCAGGCUGCAGCCCCAGCCCAGGUGACCCCACAGCCUCCUACCCCUGUGCAGCCCCCGUCGGUACCCACCCCGCAGUCAUCUCAGCAGCAGCCGACGUCUGUGCACGCCCAGCCUCCAGGCACGCCGCUGUCCCAGGCAGCAGCUAGCAUUGAUAACAGGGUCCCUACCCCAUCGUCGGUGGCCAGUGCCGAAACCAGUUCACAGCAGCAAGGACCCGAUGUGCCCGUGCUUGAAAUGAAGGCCGAGGUCAAGACUGAGGAGCCUGAGCCCGAGCCUCGUGAGCCCAAAGGGGAGGCUAGGUCCGAGAUGAUAGAGGAGGAUUUACAAGGAUCUUCCCAAGUUAAAGAAGAAACAGACACAGCAGAGCAGAAAUUGGAGCCAAUGGAAGUGGACGACAAGAAACCCGAAGUCAAAGUAGAGACGAAAGAGGAAGAAGAGAGCAGUGCCAAUGGAACAGCCGCCCAGUCAACGUCACCGUCGCAGCCACGCAAAAAAAUCUUCAAGCCAGAGGAGUUACGCCAGGCUCUUAUGCCAACUCUGGAGGCGCUGUAUCGACAGGACCCAGAGUCCUUGCCUUUUCGGCAGCCUGUGGACCCUCAGCUCCUAGGAAUUCCAGAUUAUUUUGACAUUGUGAAGAAUCCCAUGGACCUUUCCACCAUCAAGCGGAAGCUGGAUACAGGGCAGUACCAGGAGCCCUGGCAGUAUGUGGACGAUGUCUGGCUCAUGUUUAACAAUGCCUGGCUCUACAAUCGGAAGACAUCCCGGGUAUAUAAGUUUUGCAGCAAACUUGCCGAGGUCUUUGAACAAGAAAUUGACCCUGUUAUGCAGUCCCUUGGAUAUUGUUGUGGACGCAAGUAUGAGUUUUCCCCACAGACUUUGUGCUGCUACGGGAAGCAGUUGUGUACAAUUCCUCGAGACGCCGCCUACUACAGCUACCAGAAUAGGUAUCAUUUCUGUGAGAAGUGUUUCACAGAGAUCCAGGGGGAGAAUGUUACCCUGGGUGACGACCCUUCACAGCCCCAGACGACAAUUUCAAAGGAUCAGUUUGAAAAGAAGAAAAAUGACACAUUAGACCCUGAACCGUUUGUGGAUUGCAAGGAGUGUGGCCGGAAGAUGCAUCAGAUUUGCGUGCUGCACUAUGACAUCAUUUGGCCCUCGGGCUUUGUUUGCGACAACUGCUUGAAGAAAACGGGGAGAACGCGAAAAGAAAACAAAUUCAGCGCGAAGAGGCUGCAGACGACACGAUUGGGAAACCACUUGGAAGACCGCGUGAACAAGUUUUUGCGGCGCCAGAAUCACCCUGAAGCUGGGGAGGUUUUUGUCAGAGUGGUGGCGAGCUCGGAUAAGACUGUGGAGGUCAAGCCGGGCAUGAAGUCACGGUUUGUGGAUUCCGGAGAAAUGUCCGAAUCUUUCCCAUACCGAACCAAAGCGCUCUUUGCUUUUGAGGAAAUCGAUGGCGUGGACGUGUGCUUUUUUGGAAUGCACGUCCAGGAGUAUGGCUCUGACUGCCCCCCUCCAAACACAAGGCGAGUGUACAUAUCUUACCUGGAUUCCAUCCACUUCUUCCGGCCCCGCUGCCUCCGCACAGCCGUCUACCACGAGAUCCUCAUCGGAUAUCUUGAAUAUGUGAAGAAACUGGGGUACGUGACAGGCCACAUUUGGGCCUGUCCCCCAAGUGAAGGAGAUGAUUACAUCUUCCAUUGCCACCCCCCUGAUCAGAAAAUCCCGAAGCCAAAACGGCUGCAGGAGUGGUACAAAAAGAUGCUGGACAAGGCGUUUGCAGAGCGGAUCAUUCACGACUACAAGGACAUUUUCAAACAAGCGACAGAGGAUAGGCUCACAAGUGCCAAGGAGCUGCCCUACUUCGAAGGUGAUUUCUGGCCCAACGUCUUGGAAGAGAGCAUUAAGGAGCUCGAGCAAGAAGAAGAGGAGCGGAAGAAGGAGGAGAGCACGGCUGCGAGCGAGACCCCCGAGGGCAGCCAGGGUGACAGCAAGAAUGCCAAGAAGAAGAACAACAAGAAAACCAACAAGAACAAGAGCAGCAUCAGCCGAGCCAACAAGAAGAAGCCCAGCAUGCCCAACGUGUCCAACGACCUGUCCCAGAAGCUGUACGCCACCAUGGAGAAGCACAAAGAGGUCUUCUUUGUGAUCCACCUCCAUGCGGGGCCUGUCAUCAACACCUUGCCCCCCAUCGUGGACCCCGACGCCCUGCUCAGCUGCGACCUCAUGGACGGGCGCGACGCCUUCCUCACACUGGCCAGGGACAAGCACUGGGAGUUCUCCUCGCUGCGCCGCUCCCGCUGGGCGACGCUGUGCAUGCUGGUGGAGCUGCACACCCAGGGCCAGGACCGCUUCGUCUACACCUGCAACGAGUGCAAGCACCACGUGGAAACGCGCUGGCACUGCACGGUGUGCGAGGACUAUGACCUGUGCAUCAACUGCUACAACACCAAGAGCCACAGCCACAAGAUGGUCAAGUGGGGGCUGGGCCUGGAUGAUGAGGGCAGCAGCCAGGGCGAGCCGCAGUCCAAGAGCCCCCAGGAGUCUCGGCGCCUGAGCAUCCAGCGCUGCAUCCAGUCACUGGUGCACGCCUGCCAGUGUCGCAACGCCAACUGCUCGCUGCCGUCCUGCCAGAAGAUGAAGCGGGUGGUGCAGCACACCAAGGGCUGCAAGCGCAAGACCAAUGGCGGCUGCCCCGUCUGCAAGCAGCUCAUCGCCCUCUGCUGCUAUCACGCCAAACACUGCCAAGAGAACAAAUGCCCCGUGCCCUUCUGCCUCAACAUCAAACACAAGCUCCGCCAGCAGCAGAUCCAGCACCGUCUGCAGCAGGCCCAGCUCAUGCGCCGGCGGAUGGCCACCAUGAACACCCGCAACGUGCCUCAGCAGAGCCUGCCUUCUCCUACCUCAGCACCGCCCGGCACCCCCACGCAGCAGCCCAGCACACCCCAGACGCCCCAGCCCCCGGUUCAGCCCCAGCCCUCGCCUGUGAGCAUGUCACCAGCCGGCUUCCCCAGCGUGACCCGGACUCAGCCCCCCACCACGGUGUCCACGGGGAAGCCCACCACCCAGGUGCCGGCCCCACCACCACCUGCCCAGCCCCCGCCAGCGGCUGUGGAGGCCGCUCGGCAGAUCGAGCGCGAGGCCCAGCAGCAGCAGCACCUGUACCGUGUCAACAUCAACAAUGGCAUGCCCCCGGGGCGCACGGGCAUGGUGACCCUGGUGAGCCAGAUGGCCCCUGUGGGCUUGAACGUGCCGCGCCCCAGCCAGGUCAGCGGGCCCGUCCUGUCCAACAUGCAGCCGGGCCAGUGGCAGCAGGGUCCCCUGCCCCCGCAGCAGCAGAUGCCAGGCAUGCCGAGGCCGGUGAUGUCCAUGCCAGCCCAGCCGGCCGUGGCCGGGCCACGGAUGCCCAACGUGCAGCCGCCCCGGAGCAUCUCGCCCAGUGCCCUGCAGGACCUGCUGCGGACCCUGAAGUCACCCAGCUCCCCUCAGCAGCAGCAGCAGGUGCUGAACAUCCUCAAGUCCAACCCGCAGCUCAUGGCCGCCUUCAUCAAGCAGCGCACGGCCAAGUAUGUGGCCAACCAGCCCGGCCUGCAGCCCCAGCCCGGCCUGCACUCGCAGCCCGGCCUGCAGAACCUCAACGCCAUGCAAGCCGGCGUGCCGCGGCCCGGCGUGCCGCCACCGCAGCAGGCCAUGGGAGGCCUGAACCCCCAGGGCCAGGCGCUGAACAUGAUGAGCCCGGGGCACAGCCCCAACGUGGCGAGCAUGAGUCCGCAGUACAGAGAAAUGCUGAGGCGGCAGCUGCUGCAGCAGCAGCAACAACAGCAGCAGCAGCAGCAGCAGCAGCAGCAGCAACAACAGCAGCAGCAGCAACAGCAGCAACAGCAGCAGCAGCAGCAGCAGCAGGGGAGUGCGGGCAUGGCCGGGGGCAUGGCCGGGCACGGCCAGUUCCAGCAGCCGCAGGGACCCGGAGGCUACCCCCCGGCCAUGCAGCCGCAGCGGAUGCCGCAGCACCUCCCCAUCCAGGGCAGCUCCAUGGGCCAGAUGGCGGCCCAGAUGGGCCAGCUGGGGCAGCUGGGGCAGCCCGGGCUGGGCGCAGACGGCACCCCGAACAUCCAGCAGGCCCUGCAGCAGCGGAUUCUGCAGCAGCAGCAGAUGAAGCAGCAGAUUGGGUCCCCAGGCCAGCCGAACCCCAUGAGCCCCCAGCAGCACAUGCUCUCAGGACAACCACAGGCUUCUCACCUCCCCGGCCAGCAGAUGGCCACGUCCCUCAGUAACCAGGUGCGCUCUCCGGCCCCUGUCCAGUCCCCGCGGCCCCAGUCCCAGCCGCCACAUUCCAGCCCUUCGCCGCGGAUACAGCCCCAGCCUUCGCCUCACCACGCCUCUCCCCAGACUGGCUCCCCCCACCCCGGACUCGCCGUCACCAUGGCCAGCUCCAUAGAUCAGGGACACCUGGGGAACCCCGAACAGAGUGCAAUGCUUCCACAGCUGAACACCCCCACCAGGAAUGCACUGUCCAGUGAGCUGGCCCUGGUCGGGGACACCACGGGGGACACACUGGAAAAGUUCGUGGAGGGUUUGUAGCAUCGUGAGAUCAUUGCUUGGUUGCCCUUUCGUGUUCUUGGACUUUUGUACGGAAAACCCAGGCGUCUAGGGGCUUUUCUUCCUAGAUGGGACUGCUGCUUCCAAGCCGUGGAGGGUGGAUUGCUGUUUAAAGAAACAAUACAAAGAAUAUAUUUUUUUGUUAAAA